AUAUUGGCCUAUAUAAUUUACGAAAUUCGGCGCGAAACUUUCGAUUAUAUUUUUAAAAUUUGUAUAUUUUUAAAACUCUCAACAUUGUUCUAAGAAUUUAAAAGAUGAGGAGUACUUAAUAGAAGAAUAGUUAACAGUAGACAGUAUAACAUGUAACAAUAUCAAGUAAAAAUUACGCAUUCGAGUUAUAAUAAGAAGGCAAAUAAAUGAAUGUAACCCAACUUAAUAUAGUCGUUGAUGAUAUAAUCGCCAAUGUUUAUGAAAUACAUGUAUAAAAUAAAGUUAAAUUAAUCUGUUUAUACAACAUGAAGAUAGAGAUUCAUCCAUUAACAAACAAUCCUACGGCAGCCUGGUGUGAAUUGUCAAAAGAACAAAAAGUAAUUAAAAUAAAUGCUAAGCUUCCCACUACCGAAGCUCCAAAUGAUAAGCUUCGUGUUGUGUGCAUGAGUGAUACUCAUUCUUUAACACCAUUCAUAAAAUUUGAUAUACCUAUGGGAGAUGUUUUUAUUCAUGCAGGAGAUUUUACAAAAUGUGGUAGUUUACAAGAAGUUAUAGAAUUCAAUAAUUGGAUUGGUAAUUUGCCACAUAAAAAUAAAAUUGUUAUUGCUGGCAAUCAUGAACUUAGUUUCGAUUCUACAUUUACUCAUCCAUUUACCCUACAUAACAGUGGAGAACGUCAAAAACACACAGGGACCAGUAUUUUGGAUAACAUACCCACAUUGGGAAUGUCUAAAGAUACUUUGACAGAAGCCAUACAAACCACUAAUGUUAAAGAUUAUUUGACGAAUUGUACUUAUUUAGAAGAUUCUGAAAUUACAAUACAUGGAAUAAAAAUAUAUGGUACACCAUGGCAACCAGAAUUUUGCAAAUGGGCAUUCAAUGUACCACGUGGAGAAGCCUGUCUGUCAAAAUGGGACAUGAUACCAUCAGAUACAGAUAUUCUUAUAACUCAUACCCCUCCUGUGGGACAUGGAGACUUAUGCUGUAGUGGAGUACGAGCGGGAUGCGUAGAAUUAUUGUCUACAGUGCAAAAUCGAGUGAAACCAAAGUACCACGUAUUUGGUCACAUUCACGAAGGUAUGUUUAAUUUUGUUGUGGUUGUUGUUAAAAUGAAAUAAUAUACUCCAUUUUUUAAUAGGAUAUGGUAUUU